AUGCUGAAAAAACUUGAGGCCUUCGACUCAGACUUGACCGCCCAAAAUGAGCGUAUAAUGCGCAUCGAAGCUCUUGCUGCAGAGUUGGAGAAGUAUGGAUAUCAUGAUAUGCCGACCGUGAAGGGGCGUUACGACAAAGUCCACAGCACAUGGGAUGAUUUGAAGCGACUAUUUGAAGAAAGACGAACGAAUCUAACUAAAGCCGUUGCUGCUUAUGAAACCAUUGACUCCCUACAACUGGAAAUCGCCAAGAAUGCGGCGCCCUUCAGCAAUUGGAUGCAACAGGCUGAGGAGGAUCUCCGAGAUACCUUCAUUGCGCGGUCUACGGAGGAGGUCGAGGCUCUUCUGGAAGCCCACAAGAAAUUCGAGGUGAAGAUGCACGAGGAAGGCCAAAACGGGCAGAAGAUCCAAGAUCUUCAGAAGCAGAUUGAAAACACAGCUAAAGAGAAUGACCUGAACACGCCUGUGAAUCCCUAUGCAAACUCGACGCCAAAGGUUACUUUGCAUUUUCUCGCCUUUUUGGGAUAA